GCGCUUCCGGCGACGGUGACGUCAGCACAGCGACGCGCAUCUCUGACGUCAGCAUGGCGCCGCUGGUGGUGGCCUGCGACUGGAUCUCGAUCGUGGGGUCGCUGGUGCUGAAGCUGCCGCAGAUCGCGGCCACGCUGCGCUCCGGCUCGGCUCGCGGCCUCAGCCUGCAAAGCCUGCUGCUCGAGCUAACCGGCUUCACCAUCAACUUCUGCUACAACGCCGCGCAUGGCUACCCGCUGUUGAGCUACUUCGAGUACGCGCUGCUGAUCCCGCAGGAUGUGCUGCUGGUGCUGCUGACGCUGCGGCUCAGCGGACAGCUGACGGCCGGCUGGGUGGCGACGCUGGCUGCUGGCCGCGGCCGCCGCCGCCGCGCUGGCCGCCGGUCUUGCUGCCGCUCUCCGUGGCCGCCCUCCUCACCUGCUUCAGUCUGCCGAGGCUGGAGCAGCAAGCUGGUGCAGCUGCGCGCGCUUCUGGUGUCGCGCGACGCCCGCGCGCUCAGCCUGACCACCUGGCUGUUGGCGGCGCUGACGUGCGGCACACGCAUCGUCACCACGCUGGCCGAGACGGGCGACGUCACCAUGCUGACCUGCUUCUGCGUCAACCUGGCACUCAACGUCCUGGUGGUGCUGGCUGUGGUCCGAUUCAGAGACGGGCCGCCCGAAGAGGCCGCGCGGAAGAAGGCCAAAUGAGCGGCCAGCAGGGUAGCGGGGUCGGGGAGACAGGGGGAGGUCGACGGUGAUGGCGGGGAAGGAGGCUGGGCUCUGGGAAGGGGGCGGCGUAGCCUGGUGCUGCGUGCGGUGUUGGGAAGGGUACAACCAGGAGCAGUGCACGCUGCCGGGUGGACGGCCUCUGCAUGGGUGGAAUCAUGCGGCUGGGCAUGGAGUUUGGGCAUGGGUGGAAUCAUGCGGCUAUCGGAGGGAGGUCAACACGCGGUACAGAUCUGAGCGGACCGAGUGGUGUGAAAUUAUUUAUGCGUCGGACUGGUUGGGUGAAGAACGGUGUACUGUGACUACAGGCUGGACACAGGAAAGACCAGAAGGUCGGGGGGGGGGGGGGGGAGGGAGAGGGGGAAGCUCCAAGCAGGGUCGAUGAGACGAGCGAGGAUCAGGGAGACGCAGCGCUUUGUACCGCAGUCUGAUCUCCGUUAUCAUUCUUCGUUACUCCUCCGAAGGACAUAUCACGGGCUUUGGUGGUGCUUUACCGUGCGCUGAAGCAGCUUUUUGUCUCCAUUUCCAGGGACUUGGGUAGCUUGCGAUAGUAUAUCUUCCAAUGCUUUCAGUUAAAACUUGCGAAUUUGCGUGUCAUAUCCAUACGAGUAUGCUGUGGUCUUUUUCUUAUCUUGCGUUCUUCUUCGGCUUAGGGAAAUACAGAUCUCUGUGAAAUACUGUUUCGUGCAAA